CAACUGUGUCCGGAGAGGAAAAGCGCGUCUGAAUCGCUCAUGUUUGGUUGUUUUUCCCCUCACGCACUGUGACGAUCGUAUCUGGUAGAGAGACAGUCCGAUAAGACUGUGAACAGAGGAGUGAGGGAUAGAAGAAGGUGGAAAAUAGCCUGCCUUUCUUUUGUGUUACCAUGGAAAAGCCUUGGCAGGUGGAGUUCAGAAACGUGGGCAGCAGUUACUUCCCUCAGAGCAGAGUCGAUUGCCACUACACACUUAGCUCACAGCACAACUGGGCCAGCAAUGACUGGAUAGGGCUCUUCAAGGUUGGAUGGUCAUCAGUGAAGGACUACCACACAUUUGUCUGGGCGCUGGCGCCGGCUGACUAUCAAGAGGGCACAGAUGUCAACUGCUGUGUGCACUUCCAGGCCUCCUACCUACCCAAGCCCAGCUCCCAAGAUUAUGAGUUUGUGUAUAUUGACGCAAAAGGGGAAGUGUUCUCACGCAGCUCAAAAUUCACUUUCUGCGCUCCGAAGCCACUCGAGGAUCUGGUGACCUUUGAGGAGGAGCCCCAUGGAGAGGAAGGAGGCACAGACAUGUUGCUGGUAGUGCCUAGAGCUGAGCUGCUGCAGGGUCGACUGCAGGAAUGUCUGCGAGAACGCGCCGAGCUGCUGCAGGCGCAGGAGGUGGCAAACAGGCAGAGGGAGAAAGACCAGGAGGAGUACAGGAGGGCGAGGGAGGCCUGGGACAGAAGACGCAGAGGGCUAGAAAGUGAUAUCGCCAGGCUGGAGGAAGAGCUGAAGCAGAGUCGAGAGAAGAUCGAGGAGAUGGUGAUGGAGCAGAAGGAGGAGCAGGCUUUUGGAGAAUCACUUGUCCUGGAGAAAAGUGCUUUAUUGGAUGUGAGCGAGGCGAGCAAAGUGCGAAUCAAAGAGCUGGAGGAGGACAUCAAAACCCUCACUCAGAGAACAGUGGAAAGAGAGACUGAGUUGGAAAGGAUGAAAGAAAGAGCAAAGAGGUCAGGAGCUCAGAGAAAAGAAGAUGAGAGUGACAGAAAGAGCCUGCAGACAAAGCUGGAACAGACAGAAGGUGAACUCCGAAGUCUGUCUAAGGAGUUCCAGAUCUUGAGGAAUUCACUGGCCCAGAGAGACACAAGCGUCGUGCAGCUCCAAAACAGCAUCACCACCCUCACCCAGAAACUCACCACUGCCCACAGGAAAGAGACGGAGAACGAGGCCACACUGAAGGAGAUGCGGAGCCUGCGGGAGCGUCUGAACCUGAACGAGCGUGCUGCAGAGGGCUUGAAGGGUGAUCUGAGUGCCAUGGUGGCCCAGAGGGAUCACGGUCAGGCAGAAUUGCAUCAGGCUCGUCUGCAGGCUGCCCAACUCACCCUUCAGCUUGCAGAUUCCAGUCUGGCCAUGAGAGAGGGAAGAGCACGCUGGGCCCAGGAGAGGCAGAGCCUGCUGCGCACUGCUGAGAAGGACCACGAGCGUCUCGAGAAACUCAACACAGAGAUGCAGAGGAUGGAAGAGAGGCUGCAGGAGGAGAGGAUGGAGAGAGUGAAGCUGGAUGUUGAGCUUGGGAGAGAAAAGGAUUGCAACCGGGUUCAGCUGAGUGAAACCCGCAGGGAGCUGCAGGAGCUGAAGGCCAGCCUGAGGGUUGCCCAAAAAGAGAAGGAGCAGCUACUUGCAGAGAAACAGGAGUUGAUGGAGUACAUCUGUCAGCUGGAGCAGAAGAUUGGGACAGCGGUCAGUGCCAAGUGGAGCGCUGCCCCGAUUGUCUCUACAGACCGGCCUGGCAGUGUGUUAUCUGACUCUGAGGACGAGAACCCAGAGGCGUUGCAGCCCCUCCGUCCACCCAGACCUCUGGGACACUACAGCCUGUGUGAGCAGGGCCAGCCAGACUCCUUACUCCUCGCCACCCCUCCUCCCUCCCCCAGGGAGGUGGAGAGGAGCACCGUGGUCAUCAACCAGCCCGCCCCGCUCUCCUCGCCACACCAGGCCGAGGCCGACACUCUGGCACACAGCUCUGAUUCGGAGGAGGAAGUUGAUACACUUAAGUGUGGAAGACACAGCUCUGGAGAGGAAACAGCACUUUUGCUGCCAGAACACAUGGACACUGUUCUCAGUGAUCUGGCCGACUCCUCGCUAUGGUAACCGGUGGACGUCCAGCCACUGCGAGCGAUCAAAAACAGGAGAACCUGGACUUAAUGUGGUUCCACAUUACUUCCACUAACAAGUACAUAUACAGCUCACUCACUACACACAGACAAAAUGGUAAUAUGCAAUUUACAUCAUAUCUGCCGUCAACCCUGGUUUUCCCCUCUAACUGUUGUGUGAUUAUUGCUCUAGCUGUUUUGUUGUUAGGAAUGACAUAAUGCUUGUGGUGGCAGGUCGACACUGUGUUUAUGGCUGACAUAAGACCGCUGCACAGUUUGAAACGGCGUACUUUUGGACUUGGGCUCUGGCGUUUGAGAGUUUGCAGAAUGAUUUCUGUUGAAUCAUUGCAAUGUCGAGAGCUUAACGACGGAUGUUAUGUCGUUUUUAUGACAUUUGUGAUUAGGAUUCAUGACAGACACUGUAAUUAUGAUGUUUUGUGCAGGCCCUGCUCCUCUGGAAAUCAUGGCAAAACUCUCUUCCAGCAUUAAAUUCUCCACAGCAGCUUUGAAAGCUAUUCACGGCAGCAUAAAGUAAUAAUGAUACAGCAUCAUGCUAGAAUUAUAUUGCGGUAAUGUGGGUCUAUGACAGCAUAUUUCUCCUUCAUUUACUCACAAGUUAGAUUUGAUACACACUUUCUUGUACGCAAGAGCACUUGAUUGUUGUCAUGCGGAUGCAGUUAAGAAGAUUUAGUGAUGCAGAGACGCUCUAAGACGGACAAGCAUUUGAAAUAGAAAGCUUAUUGAACAGAUUGUGUUUAAAGUCUAUUAAAUAGAUGCCAGAUGCAACUUUCUAUUUCAGUACCUUCAUAUAAUCAUUAUUAUAAAAUUAUUGCUUAUACGCGUUACACUAUAGAUCAGCUGCAGUUCUUACUUUUUAAUGAUCUAGGAUUUACUAGCUGGCCAUUUGGAUAUUUAGUGUUUGUAAAAGUUUGUAUUCUAUAGAAAUCUCACAUUCACGCAGUUCUUAAUUUGUGCCUAAAAUAAUCAAAAAAAGAGUCUAAGAAAAUCAUCUUUAUAGAUCCUGACACAAUGACAUGGUGUUGGUAUUUUCCCCGAGCCCUAUGGCAAUAUACUGCCUCUGAAAAUUUGCUGCCUACCUUUUAAUCAAUACUGUAUGCAUUUUUCAUGAUUUUCUAUUUAUAAUUAACUUGAGUUAUGCUGCAAUUAAACUAUAUUCAGGUUUAGUUUGAAAGAGGUGUUUUUCACGCGGCUAUCUGUGCAAUCUAUAAAAAAGUUUUCCAUGCUUGGCUAAGAAAAUUUGGUAGACACUUUGAUGCUUGAUUUUAUCUGCUGUAUUUGCACCCUAUUUUUUACUAUAUAAGAGUUUUUAGAUAAAAAAUAUCGUUGAUAUAUGGAUACUGAAUAUGUCAGUUGUGUCCUUUCAUCAUUAUCUUAAUCAUUACCAUGGUGUGUUGUGUUUACGUAUAUAUUUUAUCUAAGCUUUAUGUUUUUACCCUCUCCUUUCAAAUACUCACUUUGACCCUAUAAAGAUUUGAUAUAUGAGAUAUAUUGUUGCAAGAUAUCGGUGCUUAUGAAAGGGAGUGAUUCCAACACGUUGUGUUAAAGGUGAAAGGAAUAUAUUUGAAUGUUAUAACAGGAGGACCAGGAUUAUGAACAAGUCACCUCUCAUUUCCCUUGUGUCACUGGGUGUUCUGGUGUUGCAGUACAUGUUGACUCUCCUUGUAUAGAGGUGUGAAUGUUUUGAGGAGCCUGGUAUUCUUUCCCAUAAGAUAGCACACAACACUACAUGUAUUCUCCAUAGUCCUUGUUUGUGGUUGUAAUCUGACUUUAUGUCUUAGGGAUGUUUUUCUUUUUUUUUUGUUGUUCCAUUGAGAGCUCCAGUACGAGUGUUCCUCGUCAGGACACUGUCUCCGGUUGCAAUAAAGCUCCAGUGGUUAUGGUUUGUUUGGAAGUUUUGUGUUUGAAGGUUAUCCCACAUGUACACCGCCGUGUAUUUUCUUAUCAGUCAUGUAAUGGGGUUUGGUUGGGGUUCUGUGUAAUAAAAUGGUUUAUGUAUCCAU